GUCUCAGCGUUCAGUCGGUCUGAAAACGCGGCGGCGGCGAGAGCGGUAGUCAAGUGGCUCACAUCAAACCAACCGAAAUCAGCGGGCAGUAACGAAAGCAAUUGCAACAGUUGUGAAUAUGGUGACAUUUGCCUCGAACGCUGGCCAAUAUUCAAUUAGUACGCCGCAUUAAGAACGGUCAGCCGUAAAAGUGAUUGAAUAAUACUUGUACAACUAAAAACCUCCCACUACCACUGCCAACUCUCAGCGAAGAGGGUUUCGUAUAGUACAUAUUUAAUUUAAAAGUAGUCAACAAAAAGCGGACAUCAUGAAGAUCUUGUGUUGCGGUGGCAGCAAUGGAUCCAUGAACAUGGACGCGAAAAACUCCACAAAAGAGGAUGAGGCCGUGGGCAAACAUUCCGGCUUGGGCGUGCGUCACCUGCAGGUCUUCCUGCUCUUCUUCGCCCUCACGGUGGCCUACGCCCUACGGGUGAAUCUCUCGGUGGCCGUGGUGGCCAUGACCGAUGCCGCCUCCGUCAACCCCGAUUUCCCUGAAUACAAGUGGUCGGAGAAGACGAAGUCCCUGCUGCUGAGUAGCUUCUUCUGGGGCUACGUGGUCACCCAAGUGCCGUCGGGUCAGCUGGCCCGCAAGUAUGGCGGCAAGAUCAUGAUCCUCUCGGGGUUGGCCAUCUGCUCGAUCCUGAACAUCCUCACGCCCAUCUGCGCCCGUAUUGGGGGCUGGCAGCUGGUCUGCGCCCUGCGCGUGGUGGAGGGUCUGUGCCAGGGUGUGGUCUUCCCCUCCACCCACACGAUCCUGUCCCAGUGGGCGCCGCCCAAGGAGAGGGCGACGCUGGGAACGUGCGCCUACUCGGGCAACCAGUUCGGAACGAUCGUCAUGCUGGCCACCAGCGGGGUGAUCGCCGCAUCGCCGAUCGGCUGGCCCAGUAUCUUCUACAUCUCCGGCGGAGUCGGCUGCGUGUGGUCGGUGGUGUACUUCUUCUUUGGCGCGGGAUCGCCAGCGGAGUGCAAGAGCAUCUCGGCGGAGGAGAAGAAGCUAAUCGAGAUGACGCAGGCCAGCGAGGUGAACAGUGCCCAGGAGUUGCCGAAGGAGCAGUUGCCCACGCCCUGGCUGAGCUUCUUCACCUCGCCCGCCUUCCUCGUCCUGAUCGUGGCCCACUCCGUCCACAACUGGGGCUUCUGGACCCUGCUCACCGAGAUCCCCAGCUACAUGAAGAACAUCCUGGGCAAGGACAUCAAGUCGAACGCCCUGCUCUCCUCGCUGCCCUACGUGUGCAUGUUCGCCAUGUCCUUUGUGUUCUCGACGAUCUCCGCGCAGUUGAACAACCGGAACUGCAUCACCACGGUGACCAGCAGGAAACUCUUCAACUCCAUUGGUCUGUGGAUCCCCAUGAUCACACUGAUUUGCCUGGGUUACGUGAACAAGGAUCAGUCGGAGCUGGCUGUGGUACUGCUCUGCUUCACCGUGGGCAUGAACGGAGCCACCUACCUGGGCUUCAACAUGAACCACAUCGAUCUGUCGCCCAACUUCGCGGGCGUCCUCAUGGGCAUCACGAACGGAGUGGCCAACAUCAUGAGCAUCAUUGCCCCGCUGAUCGUGGGUUUCAUUGUCACAAACGAGCACGAUCCCGAGCAGUGGCGCAUUGUGUUCUUUAUCGCCGCUGGAUUCUACCUGGUGGGCAACACGCUCUUCGUGAUCUUCGGCAAGGCGAAUGUCCAGCCCUGGAACGAUCCUCCGGCGAAGCCUCGUCGCAAUUCCACGCCCCAGGUGGAGUCGCAGCACUAGACGGGCGGGGCUUGAGUUUGGUGAACUGGGUCCAGGAUCCGCUAGUCAGCUAGUUUCGUUCUGCUCCAAACCCUUCAACUGUCAAUCCUAACUGCAGCCUGGCGCAAUGCAUUCUCGCAUUGGGCGUGUAUAUUUGUAAAUUGUAUUUGUUAACUGUGACUACUUUGUAUUUGCAUUCCCCUUGACCUAAGUUUUAGCUUGUAUAGACUAAUUGAUAAGAUCAACCAUGCGAAAAAAAAAUAAUAAAAUACGCAUGUAAAACAUGUGCAAAGAAAA